CCAGCCGGCUGGAUCUGGUUCCAGCCGAGUCGGGCCGGCCUGACAUGCGCAGUGCGCGGGCGCUGCAGCGGGUUGCAGACGCGGAACUGGGUAUACGCGCCCCGGACCCGUCCGAGUCAGUGUCCUGGCGCCUGCGGAGACCUGACAGCCGGGGUGCAGAGGGUCUUUGCUGAGAGGAUCCUGCAAGGAAAAGGAGCAAGGAAAAGGAGCAGCCCCAGCGGGUCCCGGCACCGGGGUGAAGCAGCGUGCACAGUGGUGCAGGACUCAGACCCCGAGCUAUCCCCAGAGGAGAAGAGGGUCCUGGAGAGGAAGCAAAAGAAGGAGCGGAAGAAGGAGGAGAGGCAGUGUCUGCGAAAGGCAUCAGUCACCACCAAGAACCUACCAACCAGGCGCUCAGGGGCGGAGCUGGCCCUGGACUACCUGUGUGGGUGGGCCCAGAAGCACAAGGACUGGAGGUUCCAGAAGACACGGCAAACGUGGCUCCUGCUGCACAUGUACGACAGUGACAAGGUGCCCAACGAGCACUUCCCCAGCCUGCUGGCCUACCUGGAGGGACUGCAGGGCAGGGCACGAGAGCUGACGGUGCAGAAGGCUGAAGCCCUGAUGCUUGAGCUGGACGAGGAGGCGGGCGCCGGAGGCCCAGACCCCCUUCUGCUGGGGAAGGCCGAGCGCGUACGGCAGGUGCUGCAGCUGCUCUCCUAGUGGGGCAGGUGGUGUGACGGGGGUCUCACCCCAGCUCAGGGAAGUCCUUGGACAACGCAGGAUGCAGCCAACCACCUCUUCCUGGCAGUGGGGGCCUUCCAGCUCCACAGACCCUCCCCACCUACCCUGCUUGGUCAGAACGGUUUGUAGAUGAUAACAGGUUUCGCUACCUAUAGAGAAGGUGGUUGCUCUGAACUGACCCAGACACGCUGGUCUGUGAACAUGGCCCUCAAGCCAUGGGGAGCUGGUCUUUUGCUUUUGAGGGAAAUGUCUAUUUUUCUACCAGGGAUGGAUGUUUUAGAAGCUGGGCAGAGCUAGCUGUGGUCCUCACGUUCUACUGGGCGGCCCAGUGUGGGCUGUUUGUUCCUAGUCCCCUGCCUGCAUCAUGGCAAGUCAGGCUGUGGUAUGUCCACCUCUCCCUGGACAGUGCCUGGCCUCACUGCCUGGUCACAGGAGAGCCCUGUCUGGGCCAUGGGGUCAGACCAUGUACCUGUGGACUCUGCUGGCUGUGUUUUCAAUAAAAAACAAGCCUACCUUGGACCGUU